AUGAAGGAGGACAAGGAGAAUGCCAGGCCCAAGGAGCGGCGCGGAGCCUCCGCCGGGACGGGAGCUCUACUGGCUGCGGGGCCAGGCACGGGCCCUGCCGCCGGCACGGACGGCAGAGCCGGUGCCGCCGAGCUUGAUCGCCCGGAGCGGCCUAAGGACAAGAAGGAGACGCUCAGCAAGGUGGUGAUCCGCCGGCUGCCGCCCAGCCUGACGAAGGAGCAGCUGGAGGAGCAUCUGCAGCCUCUGCCCGAGCACGACUACUUCGAGUUCUUCGCGAACGACUCCAGCUUGUACCCGCACAUGUUCUCGAGAGCCUACAUCAACUUCAAGAACCAGGAAGACAUAGUCCUCUUCAGGGAUCGCUUCGACGGCUACGUUUUUGUCGAUCACAAAGGUCAGGAAUAUGCUGCCAUAGUUGAGUUUGCACCUUUCCAAAAAGCUGCAAAAAAGAAGAGCAAGAAAAAGGAUGCCAAAACUGGAACUAUUGAAGAUGAUCCAGAAUACAAGAAGUUUUUGGAAAGUUACAGUGCAGAUGAUGAAAAAUUAACCUCCACUCCUGAAACUUUGUUGGAGGAAAUAGAGGCAAGAAACAAAGAGCUAAUAGCUAAAAAAACUACUCCUUUACUGAACUUCUUGAAAAAUAAACAGAGACUGAGAGAAGAAAAAAGAGAGGAGAGAAGGAGGAGAGAAUUAGAAAGGAAAAGACAAAGAGAAGAUGAAAGAAGAAAAUGGAAAGAAGAGGAGAGAAGGAAGAGAAAAGAAGCAGAAAAAUUGAAGAAAGUAGACAGAUGCCCAGAAAAAGAAAGAGACAGAUCAAAAGAAGAACCAAAGAUUAAGCUACUUAAGAAGCCUGAAAAAGACUUGGAGAGAAAAGAAAAAUCCAAGAAACUGGAAAAAGAGCCUCUGAGGGAGGAAAAAAAUGCGAGUAGUGCCUCUGCCAAACGAUCUGAUGGGGAGACAAAAGAAGAUAAGGCAAAAAAAUCAGAAGAUGAGUGUGUAAAGGACUACAGGGACCGAGAUAGAGAUUUUGACAGAGACAGAGAAUAUGAGAGAGCACAGAGAGAGAAACUGAAAUGCCAAGAAGAAGAGCGUCGGAGGCAGAAAGAGCGCUAUGAGAAAGAGAAGGUUUUUAGAAGAAAAGAGGAAGAGGUGAAAAAGGAGAGAGACUUAUUCAGAGAAAAGGGAAAGAAAAGUGAUCUUACAGACUUUACCAGCAGCACAGACAAAUCUGAGAAAGUAACCAAAGAUGAUAAAAGAGAAGAUACAAUUAAGAGGGAUCGUAUCAGAAACAAGGAUCGCCCAGCAAUGCAGCUGUACCAGCCCGGAGCCCGAAGCCGGAGCAGACUGUGUCAGUAUGAAGACAGUGCUGCAAAGCCCCCAGAUCAGGGAGUGGAUAAGAAACAGGAGGGUGAGACCAGUCACACGAAGGAAGAGGAGUGACUGAUGUGCCAGCCUUAUGUCUUCUGUCUGUGCAGCCAAAGAGCAUGUACUUACGCAAUCCAGAAGUGCCUCUGGAGCAAAAAAGGAACAAAGGAAGAAAAGGGAGCAUUGUGCUGUUGGAUAUUUCUGGUUAAAGAACCUCAGUGUAGAUUCAGAAUUUGAAAUGUGUUCUCAUUGUAAUAUUUUUGGUUAUUUGAACUUAUUUUCCCAACAUCUAACUACAACAGAAAAGAGAAUCUUUGCGAAAUAGAAAGACUUUAUAGCCUUAAGUUUGAUAAUAAAUAAGUUGUGGUCAGGAGGGGACAAGACCUGGAUCAAAAGCCAGAGCUCUACUCUAAGGCAAUUAGAGCCAGUGUUGGAUGCACUUAAGCAGACCAAGCUUGGAGUUGCCUGGAGUUAACACAGGUGUUGCUGUGUUGUGUGGUGCUCCUAUGUGAGGUAGGGAAGCUAAAGUGUGUCAGUCUAGCACUGAGACACAUACACAGGCUGGGGUUGUUGAAGUACCAGUGAAUAGGAGCCUUUUGGCACAUAAGGGGCAGAACAUCUGGCAGUGCAGUAACCAUGUUAGGGAGGGAGAAAGCCGUCCUCUUCAGUGGUUCUCUGGAUAAAGUAACUUAAGUUGGAGUGUAUGAAUAAGCUGGCUGAAUAGUUGAAUAUGUCUUGAUAAAUUCUCAUGUAAAGUCUCCCUACAUUGAAAUGUUUAUUUUUAAUCAAAUGUAGCUGGUUUGGUCA